GAAAAGAGAAGAUUCCAGACGAAUCUUUGCGUAGUAUUUCAUCAGUUAUCACAGUUCAGUGUCACAGUCCGAAACAAAGUCUCAAAAUGUGCGAUCGUGCGUGCGACUCAAGUGAGAACUGCUGCUCAGCCGUGGAGCUGCCCGUCCUGAAGCCCUGCAUUCCCAUCCCCAUUCCGGAUGAGCAGCUGAUGGAUGUGAUUGACAAGGCCAAGGAUUGGGCCAUCAUGCACGGAGCCGGGAUGCGCUCAAAGUCCAACUUCAAUCCGGAUGCUAUGCAGUUCGCUCCCUUCGUGCUGGUGCCCAGCUCGUUUCCCAGGAAGGAGUUCGAGAAGGCCGUGCAGCUGCAGACGAUCCUCAAUGAAUUGAUGCACCGAGUGGCUCAUGACACGGACUUUCUGCGCACCACGUUGGCCAACACGAUCAAAGUGGAUGAAUUCACCGGGAAUCUGUUCCGGAUUUACGAGGACAUUCUAAGAAACUGCUCGAAUCAACACCUCUCGCUAGGACUCUUCCGCUCCGACGUGAUGCUGGAGUCGUGUUGUUUCGAUAAGGCAUCGGGUCCGGCAGCUUAUUGCUCGCAAGUGGAAAUUAACACGAUUGCGAGUGGCUUUGGGCACUUGGGGCCUAUUUCUAGGGGACUGCAAAGCUAUAUUCUUCACGAACUCAAUCACGGCGAUAAAGUGUCGGAUUUACCGGAGAAUCCUGCACUUUCAGGACUCUGCCAAGGCAUGAUUGAAGCAUGGAAGAUUAUUGGGAAGCCUCAAGCUGCAAUUCUGUUUAUCGUUGAGAAUGUUACUUACAACAUUUGCGAUCAACGUUUCCACGAAUUUGAGAUUCGCAAGACCAACCCAUCAAUCAGGGUCAUUCGGAAGACCCUCACUGAAAUCCACAGUGAGGCUAAACUGGGACCAAACAAUGAGCUGCUUGUGGGUGAGAUCGAAGUGAGUGUCAUCUACUUUAGGGCUGGUUACGAACCUACCCACUAUCCCACGCAAAAAGAGUGGGACGCCAGGCUCAUUAUGGAGCGCUCGCUGGCCAUUAAGUGUCCUUCUAUUCACUAUCACUUGGCGGGAACGAAGAAAGUGCAACAAGCUCUGGCCAAGCCGGGCAUUUUGAAGCGUUUCCUGGACAGCGAUGAAAAGAUUGAAGCUGUGAAGGAGAUUUUCACUGGAUUGUACUCCUUGGAUGUCAGCGAGCAGGGCGAAGAAGCUGUCAAGAUGGCUCUCAAGAAUCCUGAAAAGUACGUUUUGAAGCCCCAGAGAGAGGGCGGCGGUAACAAUGUUUACGGUCAAGACAUUCCCGAUGCCUUAAAGAAAAUGAACGCCACUGAGCGGUCAGCCUGGAUCCUGAUGGAGCGGAUUUUUCCGCCAGUUUCUAAAGGGUACAUCAUUCGACCUGGUGAAGUUGGUCUCCCCAAAAUCUCUGACUUGGUUUCCGAGCUGGGCAUCUUUGGAGCCAUAAUUGGGGACAAGGAUAAGAUUGUGUACAAUCGUCAGGUUGGUCAUAUGCUGAGGACGAAGCUGUCUACAGCCGAUGAAGGGGGCGUUGCAGCUGGACUGGGCGCUCUCGAUAGCCCUUAUUUGAUUGACUAGUUGACUAGUUGACACCGAUCAAUAUAUUUUUUUUGCAUUUUUGUGUAUGCUUUUCUGCGGAAUAAAAUUCCAUGCGGAGGUUGAAAAAGG